GGUUUGGAGCCUCUUCUGUCUACUCAGGAUGCUCAUCUGAUCCGUUUUUGUACAUGGCGACACGGCUUAGUCCACAGAAGAUGCAGCCUUUGAGUCUCUGCAUUCUGAGGCCGAAGCCGGAGCCUACAGAAUCACAGUUACCGAUAAUGUCUUCAAACCUAGAAGAAGUUGGUGCCUCCCUGGAUCACCCGAAGAAGGACCCACUGGAUUCUGAGGCGCUUCCUACUGUCGAUCGAUCAUUCAAAACUGAACAAGUUGGCAAUCUGGACUCAUUGGAUGGUUGUCACAACCUUGCAGCUGGAGAACCUCUGGUACCGAAUGUUUCUGAACAAGUACUACCAACUCACCAUUAUGAAGGCGGUGAACAAUCGUUUUCAGACAGGAGUAACCUCCGAGCUCACGUAAAGUGUGUUCAUUUGAAGCAACGUGAUCACACGUGUGAAUACUGUGGAAAAUCGUUUUCCCGAAGGUGUCGUCUUCGGGCACACGUAGAAGCUGUUCACUUGAAACAACGCAAGUAUACCUGCAAGCGCUGUGACGAUUUCUUGAAAAAUUUAAUCUAA